AUGAGGGCCAUUAUACCGGAAAACAAGAUGUUACCCCCGCUGGACAAGUAUGGAGGUUUGUCUGACCCAAUUAAGCACCUUCGACCGUUCGUAGAUUCUAUGGUUGUGUAUUCGACUGAUGAAUUAGUGUGGUGUCGGGUUUUUUCCUUGUCAUUAAAGGAGGAAGCCUUGGACUGGUUCCAUUCGUUACCACCGGCCACCAUUGAUAGUUUUACUACAUUACGGCAAAUGUUCAGCCAGCAAUACGCCUCAAGCAAAACCCCCGGGAUAACGUAUACUGCACUGGUGAGGAUGAGACAAGGGAGAGAUGAGUCUCUCAAGAUGUUCAUGGAUCGGUUUAAUCGCACAGCUAGGCAAGUGAGAAAUGCUGAUCAGAGAUUGAUCGUGGGCGCGUUGACAGCAGCGUUGAGACCAGGACCAUUUUUUUAUUAUCUCCACGCUGAAGAACCUCAGAGUAUGAAGGAGUUGCAGGACAGGCUGGCAAGUUUUAUUAGAAUUGAGGAAGGGCGAGCUCAUCAAAGAGGAAGAGAGGAAGGAGAGUCACAGGCAAGGAUGAACAGAGAGAGGGAUGUAAAGCAGACGGUUGGGAGAGUUGUUAGGGGGACGUAG